AUGGGUCGCGUCCGUACAAAGACAGUGAAGAAGUCUUCACGCCAAGUGAUCGAGCGGUACUACUCCAAGAUGACCUUGGACUUCCACACCAACAAGAAGAUCCUCGAAGAGGUGGCAAUCAUCCCUUCCAAGAGACUCCGCAACAAGAUUGCUGGGUUCUCCACCCACCUAAUGAAGCGAAUCCAGAAGGGCCCAGUCCGAGGCAUCUCUCUGAAGCUGCAAGAGGAGGAGAGAGAGAGGCGCAUGGACUUUGUACCCGAUGAGUCUGCCAUCAAGACUGAAAGGAUUGAGGUCGACAAGGAGACCAUUGAGCUUUUGGGUACUCUGGGUAUGAGUGAUAUCCCUGGCAUUGUGCUGAAAGAAGAGCAGCAGAUGAUGGUGCAGUCGGUGCCGCCGUUUGGUGGCCGAGGUGGGUAUGGUGGUGGUGCUAGAAACAGAUUUUCAAGAUACUCCGUGCCAGCAGGGAACAUAGUGUUAAAGUAG